AUGACUUGUGUAGUUUUAAAGACCUUCCUCAUCUUGUCAAGUCUGGUCUCCCUCAUCUAUUCCCAAAACUGCAAAUGGCUCCGUCCUCAACAGGAGAAUUUGAACAAGGGGAUCCUCCAAAGCUUCAACCAGAUGGUAGGUUUCUGGUUUUCUUCUCACUUCUCCUAACAUGGUAAGCUGUUUGCAAAAGAUAAAAUAAAACAAGGCGGAUGCUUUUUACCAUUUAUUUUUAUUCAUCAUUUUCAGAGACCUCUUGGGAAAUCUUCUGGAACUUGUCCACAAAAUACCACAAUGGUUCCUAAUAUUGAUGAUCUCUACAACAUCUCACAGGUAACUUCAUCUUUAUUUGUAAGAAAGGUCAUUUUUGAGGGAUUUCUAAAACUAUAAAUUUUCCUUCUACUAUCUGCAGCUUGAUAAUGGUAACAGACAGACUUACACCUAUUCUAUUUCUCAGGUUGAAGAAGCUGCUAUCGCUGCUCGUGACGUUACAAACCAAACAAUCAGGUUCUAUAAAAGAAACCAUCAGAAAUUCCAGUGCGAUGAGAAGGCAUGGGAAAGAAUGGAGAAGCUACUCGAUUACCAGCAAAAUUUGCUGGAUGAUUGUGUAAGUGCCAUACUCAUGUAUUGAUAUUUUCAGGAUAACAUUAGAAGAUGAUUUUAAUAAAAUUUCUUUAUGUGGUUUUUCAGAUCCCAGAAGGUGCAGAGAAUCCUCGGUUUCAACAAAACAUGUCAGAAUAUUUCAUUUUAUUACAGAAGAUUGUGAAUGAAGAGGUAAGUAAUAUUUCUCUACAGUGUUACCCAGCAUAUCUUCUUCACAUUCAGGAUGUUUGAAAGCAUUAUAGGGAUGUAAAACUGACAAAACAGAAUCUUGUGAAAAUGUUUACAGAGUAUAAAACAUUCUACAGUCUCUUUAUCUUAUAAAUAAUAUCUGUUAUCUUUCUAUUUCUCUUGUUUGACAUUUAUGGACUUCUUCUCCAUGUCCUAUCCUCCCCUGACUGCAUGGAAGUUAAUGUACACUUUCCUUUGUUAAUUCCGGUAGGUGGAUACAUGUGCUUGUACCGUUGUUCAAGUAAACAUCAAGAGGAAUUUACAACUGGCUGCCCUACUAUCCUCUCGAAUGAGAAGAAAGCAUCUCCUGAAAAACAUCCCUAUGCUCUAA